AUGGAUGAGACGAGUUGCAGAGUUGACAAGGCAUUCGUUUGUCUGACGGCGCUGGUUCAACUUCCUUGUCCUCCGUACAGGCAAAUUACUGCCCUAUAUUGGGAUGUCAUUGGCAAACAGCCCUAUCCUGUCAUCCUAAACCUUGAUCGCCUGGAUCUCCAGCCCGGCAACAUCGAUCGUAUCACAACCAAGAUGCUCCUGGCAAAAAAGCCCCAUCAAAGUAUGAAGGAUCCUGACCUUGCCGGCAUAGAUGGCAAGGCAACGUGUCAGCCAAACAAGGGACUCGCCGGAAGCCAGGAUGUCCCAUUGGCUCGCCGUCUUCAAACUCUGGACAUGAAGCUUGUCAGGUGGGCAACAUGCUUUGGAUGGCGUUGA